CGAGCACCUCUUGACAUUGUGCUAGCUCUCUCGUUCAAUGUGUUGAUCUGGCGCCAAUGUACCAGAAUGCACAGGCACACAUCGAGAAGCUCAUCAUUCUGAACUUCAAAUCCUAUGCUGGCCGGCAUGAGAUAGGUCCGUUCGACAAGUUCACUUGCAUCAUCGGCCCCAAUGGCUCAGGGAAGUCCAAUAUCAUGGAUGCGAUCAGCUUCUGUUUGGGCAUCAAGACAAAGCAUCUUCGCGGUGAGAGGCUGAAGGACCUGGUCUACCGGCGUGAGGAGGAGACGGUGGAGGCCAACCCUCGCUCCGCAGAGGUGACCUUGGCCUUCAAAUCUGCGAAGGGCAUUAUGCGAUACUUCAGUCGAGUCAUCAAUACUCGAGGAGAGGCCACCUACCGGUAUGGCACCUCCACCACGAAGAUGGCACAGCUAGGCUACGAGGAAUACUCCCAGCUCUUGGCAUCAGAGAACAUCUUCGUUCGGGCACGUAGCUUCUUGGUCUUCCAGGGCGAUGUGAUGCAACUCGCGAGGAGACAAGGCCAGGAGCUUACCUUAAUGCUCGAGACCAUUAGUGGUUCGGAGCAGCUGAGGGAUCGCUACACGGAGUUGUCCAAGGAGCUUGAGCUAGCGCAAGAGAAGGCGCGGAUGUACUUUCAACAUCGCCGUGAGGCCGAGACCACCGUGUCCCUGCUGGAGCAACAGAGGGCUGAGGUCCAGAGGUACCAAGAUCUCCGCGCCCAAAGGGAGGCGCUGGUGAUCGAGGCAGCCCUCUUCCGCCUCUUUUGUGCGGACCGGGACGCUGCCGUCAAUCUCGAGGCUGCCCAGCAGUUGAAAGAAGAGCUUUCUGGAACAGAGCAAGAUUUGAGAAAGAGGCGGAAGAAGGCCGAUGCUGACGAAGUCCAGCGACAACAGCUGGAGAAAGAGCUCCGAGAGGCGCAGAAUGAGCACUUUGCGCUGAACUCUGCGCUGGAGCAGCGGAAGCCCGAAAUUGGGAACUGCCGAAAGCAGGCGGCACAUUGGACCAUCAAGGAGCGAGAAGCCCAGGCACGAAUCCAACAGGAGCAAGAGAAGAUGCAGAGCUUGAAGGCUGCUUGGGAAGAUGCCACCGAGCGGCGGAAGACAGCGGAGCAGGAGCUGGAGGAGAUCCGCGGUCGGAAGGUCGACUGCGCCAUACAGCUGACUGCUGAACAGCGCAAGGAGUACGAUCAGGCAGUACAGAAGACUGAGCAGCUCAACAGUAAAGCCCGUGAGAAGCUGCGGGAGGCAGAAGAGAAACUUCGCCGCAUCAUGCAGGAGCUGAAAGCCAGCAAAGAGGAUCUCGGGGAGCGACAAGAGAAGCGGGGCCGGUUGGCCGCCAAGGUUGAGGACCUGGGUCGUGAGAAGAGGGACCUGGAGAUCUCCCUGGACACCAGCAGUAUCGAAAUGCAGCAGACCAAGAGGCAGGUGGUCAACUUGGAAGACGAGGUGAAGACCUUCGCGGCCUUCAAAGAGUCCCUCAUCGAGGAGCGAGCGCAGCUCACCGCCGAGGUGGACUCCGUGAAGGCACGUCGGGAGCAGCUGGACAAGUUGGAGCAACGGCAGCGUGUGGCAGAUGAGCUGCGGGGGAGGUUCCCGGAGGCUGUGCUGGGGCGCAUUAGCGAGCUUUUGCUCCCCACGCAGAAGCGCUUCGACCUGCCGCUGCAGAUGGCGUUGGGCGCCAUGGCCGAGGCCUUUGUGGUGAAGGACUCGGUGGCUGCCCGUCAAUGUGUGACCCACCUCAAGGAUGGCCGCAUCUCCUCUGAGACGUUUUUAGCUUUGGACCGGCUGGAGGAUCCCAAGGUGGGCGACAUGAGCGCCUUGACCUCGGGCAAGGCGGGUCGACGCCUUGCCACGCAGUGUGUCCAGCACAACGACAAGUUCCUUCAGCGGCAGGACUACUGGCGUGAGACUGCGCCAGCAGCGAUCGACAGGACCGUGAACUUUCUGCUCCGCGGCGUGAUCAUUGCCGACACACUGGAGGAGGCCAAAGCGAUCUCCUAUGUGGAUGCGAGGAAGCAAAAACUACAGCCACGGGUGGUGACCCUGGAGGGCGAGGUCAUCGCGCCCAACGGGAACAUGAGUGUGAAGAGCUUGAGUGGCGGCAGGGUGGAGUUUGGCGGCGCUGAGCAGCUGCACGAGAUACGAGAGAAGGAGAAGAAGCUGCACCAAGUGCUUCGAGACCUGGCGACUUUGGAGGAGGAAUCCGCCCGAAAGCAGCAACAGGUCACAGAUCUCAAGGCCGAGGUGGCCAAAAAGGAGGCGGAGCACGGCGUCAGCGAGCCGCAGUUGCAGCAGCUUUCGGAUGCCCUUGACGGCCGUGCCACCGAGCUGGAGAAUUUGACGAAACAGAUCGAGGAGCUGGGCCAAGUAGUCGAUGAGAAAGACGGACAGCAGCAAAAGCUGCGCAAAGAGAAGGAGGCGUUGGAGGCAGAGCUCUUGAAGGUGGGCCGUGCGCAUUUCAAGAAGCUCAACUCGGAGCUUGGCGUGGAAGACAUCCGAGAGGUGAUUAUGCGUGAAGAACGCGAGAACCAGAAGCUGCAAUCGGAGGUCGAGCAGUUCGAGGACUUCCUCCGGAGGGCCAAGGCAGAGGAGACCCGUGCCGAGCAGCGGUUCCGGUCCACGCAGAGGCUCGAUGAGCUUCAACGAGACUUGGAGCAGUACCGGCGCGACAUCCACUUCGCAGAGAAUCGGCUGGAGGAGUUGGAAGAGUUGCAACGCGUGGCAGCUGAAAAGGUGAAGGCAGCAGAGGAGCACCUCACGCAGGUGAAGGAGCAGAAGGAGAACUUCGAUGAAGCCAGCAAGACUAGCAAAGCAGAGCUUCAGCUGCUGAAGACCCAAGCGGAAGACGUGAAGAAACGCCUGAAGAAGCAGAACGACAAGGUGAAGAUGCUCUUCAGCAUCAUCUGCACCAUUUUUCACGAGUGCCGUGAACGUCGAGUGGAGCUGCCGCUCCUGGAAACCGAUGCGGACAAGAGUGCCAUGGAACGGGUGCUUUCAAGAGAGCAAGACAUCGAGGACAUGGCCAUGAAGGACUUGGAGGCUGCAGUGAGGAGUGUCCAAAUUGAUUUCUCCAAGUUGCCCGAAGACAAGAAGGAGUUGGCUUUGGAGGACCGGUUGAUUGACAGCAAAACCGUGGAGGCGGAGUACGCAGAGCAAGUGGCGGAAUUGGCCAGGGAGCUCGAGAAGUUGAAUCCCAAUAUGCGUGCAAUGGAGCAGUGUGAAGUGGAAGAGUCCAAACUACAGGAGAUCAGAAAUCAAGCCGAUGUGGCAAGCCUGGAGAGCCAACGGAUCUUGCGGGACUUUGAGCAAGUGAAGGCAGACCGUGUGUCGCGCUUCAUGAAAUGUUUCAGACACAUUGAGGAGAGGAUCAAUCCCUACUAUCGCGAGUUGACCUCCUACGACGGCUACACUGGUGGCUCCGCCUACUUGGACCUAGAUGACGCGGAGGAACCAUACAAUGGAGGCAUUACCUUUACGGCAUGUCCACCAGGGAAGAGGUUCUUUCCCAUGGAACUCCUGUCGGGCGGUGAGCGCUCGAUGGCCUCUAUGGCCUUGCUUUUCGCCAUGCAUUCGUUUCAGCCGCCUCCCUUCAUGAUCUUAGAUGAAGUGGAUGCACCGUUUGAUAGGAAGAACACCAGCUCCUUGGUGAACUAUUUGAAAAAGAUGAAGUUCCAGUGCGUGGUGAUCUCCUUGAAGGACACCUUCUUCGCACACAGCGACUCGAUUAUCGGUGUUUUCAAGGAUCGAUCGGCCCAAACUUCGGGCAAUGUGAGCCUCCCUUUGCAACGGCUGGGCAAGCUGGCCGAAGAGGGCGAGGUGCCACUCACGGUUGACUGAACGCCUUGCGAGCAGUGCGGGGGCGGGGGGGCGAUUUGCCUGGAGGCUGGAUCAUGCCUGGCAUUCAGAGCCUGAACCGCUUGGCUCAAUCCACUUGUGCUCCUGCCCGAUCAGGAUUGCACUUCUUGCAGCAAGGGA